CCGGCCGAUAUCUCCGAAUCUCAAUAUCUUCGCCAUAUCUCGAUACCUUCGGGACCUUCCACUCCGGUCGAGAUCUCAUAUCUCAUCUGGUCUACACGGCGAUCGGUUCCAUUACCACGCAUCAGAAAAACGAAAGGAUCCACAUAUCAAGACGGAACUUUGGACAUCCGGGCCGUGACCCCUCCUCCAUAGUAUCGGCGCAUACAAUCGGCCUGUCUGUCAUCCCGAGUCCCUCAAGGUACUUCCUCACGGACCCCCAACCCACGGCACGGCCGAACGGACCCCAACUACAGACAGCGAUCGACACUGCAGUCAGCCCGGCAGCAACCAUGGUUGAACAUCGGCCCGUCCACAACAGCGAGGUCUACGUCCUCAGCCAGACGCCCUUCUCGAACCACCUCCACCACGGCGGCCGUCCCUCCCCACCGUCGCCCAUCACCCCGGCCGAAGACGACUUCUGCUGCUCGCCCAUCGACAAGCUCCCACUGCACAAUUUCGUCGAGCCCGCCAUCGCAGCAUGUGAAGAGCAGCUGGCCGUCGAGUCGCGCCUCUCGGGCGCCGUGCACCUGCUCAACACCGCUUCCACCGCGCUCUCCUGCAUCACGCAACUCUACUCAUCCGACCGCAUCGCGCGCGAUGGGUUCAACCGCGCCGUCGACGCCAUCGUCCGGCGGCAGGGCGAUCAUGGGCGCAAUGGCAAACUGGUCGUCAUCGGCGUGGGCAAGUCCGGGCAUAUCGCCAAGAAGCUGGUCGCUACCUUCAACUCGCUUGCUAUCCAGGCUGUCUUCCUCCACCCAACCGAAGCCCUGCACGGCGAUCUAGGCCAGAUCAACAGCAGGAAUGAUACCCUCCUGCUGAUCACCUUCUCGGGCAAGACGCCCGAGCUGCUCCUCCUCCUCCCACACCUGGACAAGUCACUGCCACUCAUCCUGCUCACGAGCCACACCCGUCCGGAUACUUGCGAGAUCGUUCGCCAGCGACCAGACACGAUCCUCCUACCAGCGCCGAUCCACGAGCCGGAGACUAAAUCCUUCGGCGUCAGCGCACCGACGACUUCCACAACCGUUGCGCUAUCAGUUGGCGACGCUCUAGCGAUGGUGGCGAGCCAUGAACUCCACCCUUCGGUGUCGAAGGUGUUUGCGAAGAACCACCCCGGAGGCGCUAUAGGCGCUGCUUUGCGCGGGUCUUCCGUCUCUCCUUCACCUUCUGUUAGCUCAACCUCCGACAUAACGCCAUCUUCCUCCCGCACUACAUCCAUGACCAUCUCUACUCAACCAGUACCACCACCACGACACUCCCUCCGCGACCUAGCCAUCCCCCUCCACGAAAUCCCCUGCCUCGAACUCGAAAGUCUCCCCAACCAAAGCCAGCCGGGUCACGACCCAAUACCCACCGCCACAGCCGGCGACCUCCUCCUAGCCGCUUACUCCUCUCCAUCAGGCUGGGUCCGCCUCUCCCUUCCCCCAUCCCUUCCCCCCUUUUCCCACUCCCACUCCAGUAGUCCCCACGGUCCCACCACCGUCGGGGUAGUCUCCCCCCGCCGCAUCCGCCGCCUCACCCCCUCCCUCCUCCCCCUCCCGCUCUCCUCUCCCUCCCUCUCCUGGCUCAUCACCCCGCAAGCCGAGUUUGUGUCGUUGACAGCCGACACGGAAGUGCGCAACGCGGCGGAGUGGAUCAAAGCCAUGCGGACGGUCCGAGCGACGGGAGUAAUGACGACAAGACUAAAAGGGGUGAUGGGGGUGAUGGGCGAAGAGGAGGAAGGAGAAGUGGAUUUUGGGGAUGAGUGUGUGGUUGGUGUGAUGGAAGUAGUAGGGGGUCAUGGUGGGUGUGUGGGGGUGGUGGAGGUUGGGGGGUUGUUGGAUGCUGUUAAUGGUGGUGGGGGGAAGCCAUGAGCUGAGCUGAGCUUGUGAACUGAGGUUACGAACAAAUGAGGAGGAGGAAAAAGAGUUGGGUUGGUAUAUAACCGGAGGACUGCACAUAUUGAUACAAUACCUCAAGACAAGACAGGUUAGCAGGUUGGUUUCGCUUUUUGGAUGGUCGGCUUUUUGGAGGCUUUUUGGAU